AUGGGGAUGUUCCUCUUAGAGCACGAUGGAAGGAGUUCCGGAGGUGGCACCAUCAGAACCGCAGGGGCACCGGCACAACAGACGAGAGCUUUAGAAGAGAAGCGGCGCCACUUCGAGUCUACUGGAGCGGGACCGAUAGUGACUGAACCGAAUUUCGAAGCGACUAUGCGGACCAUGUGGCUGCAGGAACAGGACACAGGCCGGUGGGAGUUGAUCAGGGAGGUUAAGGAUGGAGGCUUCGCGCAGUAUGAGAAGGCUGCACGGCAACGCCUGGCCAAGCACGGCUACCGCGAGGUCUUCUCAAGAUCCUCGGUGGAUGUGAACACCAGGACUGUCCACCGUCGCAAGCCGUCGCACGACAACGCCAGGGAAGAGCUUGUGGAAUCGGGGGUCCGGAGAACCGGUGAGACGGAAGAGGAUUUGUCUGCACCGCAGACGAGCGUCCUCGAUCAACAAAGCGCGCCACGGAAUGAAGCCAUCCAACGCUUUAUGAGACAGGCAAAGACAUACCGUGAAGCUAAGACGGUGGAAUCUCGCCAGUUCUUCCGGGUCGAGUGGGCUUCAAGUCAGAUGUCCAAAAAGUCAGUAAUACAAAAGCCUUCAGUGCACAAGUCAGCCACGAGGACGAGAAAACGGUAA